AUUUAAACUGAGUAUAAUGUAUUCUACGUGCUAACUGCUAACCAAGUCUUGGAGUUUAACUUUCCUUGGGAUUUUUAUUUUUUAUUAUUUAUUAUUAUAUAAUAUCUCAGAUUAUAAAAAAGAUAUGAAUAUAUAAUAAAUAGACACCUGGUAAAAAUCAAUUAUUCAAGAAAUGUUUUAUUACGAUGACAAAGAUUUAAUAUUGACAACAUCAUGGAAAUCAUUAUCUGUCAAUUCGAAAUUUGAUGAAACUUUAAAAAGUCUAUGGAGAGAAAAGGAAGAUGAAGGGCUAUUUAGGUACAAAUAUAAAGAAGAAAAUGCAACCAUGUUGCCUGGAAAGUAUGGUUUUCUCGCAGUUUUAAACAUUGAUAGAGGUACCAAACGUCGUAAACCAAACAUAUUUGCUAAUGUGUUAGAACCGUUUAAUGAUGAUUUGUUCAAUUUUACAAAGGUCAAUGCAGGAGAAUAUUUAUUCAAAUUCAGUCAUGCAUCAAAUAUUUCUUCUAAUACAGAUGAUACCUUGGCAAUUAAUGCAAGUCCUUUAGGAGACUUUCAUUCAUUAAUUUUACCAAAAAUCAAUAGUAAACUACCUCAAGUUAUUGAUGAAUAUAGUUUGAAUAUUGCUAUUCAAUUGUUACUCCUAAGUGCAUCUCCGGCAAUACGCGUUGGGUUCAAUAGUUUAUGUGCUUUUGCUUCAGUGAACCAUCUUCAUUUACACCUGUAUUAUUUACAGUAUAAAAUGUACCUUGAGUAUUGUGAUAUAGAACAAUUUAGUGGUCCUUGUCAUAAGAUUAAAGAUUAUCCUUCCAAAGGAUUUGUAUUUGUACUGAAAAGCAAUGACUUGCUGUCCAAUUUUGUCAAGUAA